CACUAAAUCAGAACAUGCCCUAAGUGACAAAGUCGUAAUAAAACCAACAACAUACCACCUAAGAGCUAAUGGUCCUAGUCUAUAUACAGUACUAAAGUCCAAAAUGAACAUCACCCUGAAACACACGUCUCACUCCCCUGCAUCAAUGGCGGACACAACCACCCCAAAACACAACAAUUCAAACCCCAAAAACCUACCAAAAGUGCUCCUCCUAAAACCCCCACCACCAAUCUACCACCGCUUCGAAUCCCAAUUCUCUCACCAUUUCAACUUCCUCAAAUCCUUCGAAUCCCAACUUUCCCUCCCGGAAUUCCUCGCCGCCGAGAACUCCUCCGACGAUGUCACUGCCAUAUUCGUCACCAGCCUCGGCCCUCGAAUCACCGCCGCCGACAUCCUCGACCACUUACCUUCCCUCCGUUGUAUUGUCACCUCCACCAUUGGUGUCGACUUCAUCGACCUUGACGAAUGCCGCCGCCGUCGCAUUUCCGUCGCUAAUGCCGCCGACGUUUUCUCCACUGAUUGUGCUGAUUCUGCUGUUGGUCUACUAAUUGACGUUCUCCGGAAGAUUUCUGCCGCUGAUCGUUACGUUCACCGCGGAAAUUGGAGUGUUUCUGGUGCAUUUCCGUUGGGUAAUCGGCUCGGAUGCAGGAAGAUAGGGAUUGUUGGUUUGGGAAGCAUUGGCUCCAGGAUUGCAAAAAGACUUGCGGGUUUUAAUUGCAGGAUAUUGUACACCUCUAGGAAAAAGAAGCCUUCUGUACCAUACUCAUUUUAUCCAGACAUCCAUGAAUUGGCAGCUGACAGUGAUGUUCUUGUAAUAUGCUGUCCAUUAACUGAUGAAACGAGGCAUAUGAUAAACAGGGAAGUACUAUUGGCAUUGGGAAAGGAAGGAGUUGUCAUCAAUAUUUCUCGUGGGUCGGUAGUUGAUGAGAAAGAGCUGGUGAAAUUCUUAUUGGAAGGCCAAAUAGCAGGUGCUGGGCUGGACGUAUUUGAGAAUGAGCCUAUUGUGCCGGAAGAGCUAUUGGCAUUAGACAACGUUGUGCUAUCACCUCAUCUAGCUGCUUGCACAGAUGAUGCCUACCAUGAUUUAUACGAACAUGUGAAAGGAAACUUGCAAGCUUUUUUCUCAAACAAGCCACUACGCUCUCCAAUAGUCUGAUAGGUGAUUUAUUUGCCAUUUUCUCAUGCAGGUUUGUCUUAAACUUUCCUGUAGAAGCAACAAAAUUGCAUUGUCUAACAAACAUUGUAUGGUAGAAGAUUUCUCCUCUGUAGGCAACUAGGCAAGCUUGCUGGAAUGUUGAAAUCUGGGUUACCUAACCAAACACAUGUAGUGAAUGUCAUGACGAUAUGACUUUACUGGUGGGUUCCGAAUUUCCUCAAUGCCUGUAACUAAUUCAAAAUAGCACAUAUGUAUAUUGUGGAUAUUAUCAUUAUUUGAUGCUCUGAUUUUCACCCAUGCCGUCAGAGACCUUGUAAUAAGAUGCUCAUGGGCGGCGAAUUUCUCAAUUCUUUUUUGAUUUCUGUCUUUCCCAUUCCUUCCAUAGUCAAAUUCUAACAAGUGUGUGGAAAUCAGCAUCGAUUGACUCGAUACUUCUGCUAUUAUAAACAGAGCCUUUUGAUUA